AUGGCAGGCAAUGGCACCUCGAGUGCUCAGUUCCUUGCUCCCCCGGCCGUUACGGCCUUGAGGCAGGAGGCUCGGAGCAUCGAUCCGAAAUUCUCACCCAUGACUCGCACCCUCAGCGACAAUAUGCGCGAAGAACGCCAGGACUUGAAGGAGGCGGCGGAGCAGACCUUGAACGUUAUCAUUGAUCUGGAUCUUGAUGGUCGGAUCAAAUGGGUUAGUCCCUCGUGGAAGCAGGUCGUCGGGACCCCUCCCGAUUCUGUCGAAGGGCGCAUGGUCUCCGAUAUCCUGGUCGGCUAUAAGAAUACUUUUCACGACGCGAUUGAGUCUUUGAAGGAGGAUGACUCGCGCAGUCGCUUUAUUCGCUUUGGUGUGCAAAUGGGCCCCGACUCGGUCUUGAAAUACUCGCCGGAACCGCCCCCUUUGGAAUCAGACAAGGAAAUUAGCGAGAAGCAGGACGAGGAGGAUGCCCAAGUACCACCGGAGACGACAGAGGAGCACCGGCAUGAUGUUAUUCAUAUGGAAGCGCAAGGAAUUAUGGUUUUUGACCGUACAGCUGAUGGUGCAGGCCAUACCAUGUGGAUGUUACGGCCGUUCACCGAGCCAAGGGAAGUGACAAUUGACCUUCCUCAUUUAUUGGUGGAAUCUUUGGGCGUUGGAGCCGAAGUUCUGGCGAACUACUUAACGACGUUGGCCGAGGCUGCAGCGAAUGAGCCAGAUCAAUCGAAGCAUCCCGCUCCAGAUCCUGUCCUAUGUCGUAUUUGUGAACGUCAAAUCACCCCGUGGUGGUUUGAAAAGCACUCGGAUCUCUGUCUACAGGAACAUCGGGCCGAGAUGGACGUCCAAAUCGCCCAGGAAAAUCUCAAUGAGCAUCGUCAUGCAAUAGUGAAGGUGUUGGACGGUCUCGAGGCCCGACAUAGCAGGACACUCCCCAGUGAAAGCAGCCCUGCUACCACCCCUCAGCCAGAAUAUAAAGGACUGCCCAUUGGGCCGUCGCCCGCCAACUCUGCCCCAUCAUCUGGAGCCGUUUCCAGCUCGAGCUCUGCCCCUGGUACCCCGCCAAGGUCGAGAGAUCAUUCUGCCUCUGGUAUCGGACAUGCCCGAGCUCGGUCGUUCGCUGUGCGGCGGCCGCUGUCUCGUAUUGUGGAGCUGGUUCUCGAUCUAUGUGACACGGCGCUGGAAAUCAAUAUGCCAGUCAUCAGGGAGUCACGUCCAGACAACGCGGAAGAUUUUCGAACGUUGUCACCACAAUCCGAGUCUAGAAUCUCCCAGGUUAUUCAAUGGCAGUCCCCCAGCUCCAAUACUUUGGAACAGGAACAGGGCCUAGCUGCCUUGUGUACCGAUACAGAACAGGUCUCCAAAGCCAAAGUGGACGCAGUCAUCCGCCACCGCAAAAUUGUUGAAUAUGCGGAACGCAUUCGUAUCGAAUACACUGUCCUGGUUGAAGAGUGCAUCACAGCGGCUCUUAGCAAGGCUGAGCGCAUCGCUGCUGGUCAGUUGAGUGACUCAUCUUGCUCUGACGAUGAUACUCCGCAUGAGCUUGACUCCGGGUUCACGGAAGAUUCGAGUCAGGAGCAACUGCCGCAGCAUCCACUACCGCAGCAACCACAACCGCAACCACGACUGCCGCAGCAGCAGCAGCAACAGCAACAGCAACAACAGCCAAUGUCCGCAUUGACGAUGUCCAUGCGUAACUCUUCCGAACGCGUUCAGCCGCCUCCAUUGGAUGGUAAACCGUCAUCUGUUGCCGUCUCCACCGGAUCUAACAGUCCUAUGGAGUGUCCUACCCCUCGCUCUCAUAAGAGUGCUUCUGGUUUACUAGGCACUUCGCAGCCAUCCAGAAGAGGUAUUUCGCUGGCAGAGCUCGAUGCGAGUGAAAACAGCGACAGCAGUGCUCUUUCUUCUGCCUUUCCCGGGGGCGUUCGAACAGAAUCACCCUCUUCUGAAAGAAGUUUCGACCGAAAACGCAGGAGCCUAGUACUUCCUUUAUCCAGUUCUCCUCGACGCCAGCCCUCACCGGCCAGAAUGUCGGGCCCCCAUUCGCCGUUGCGCAUGCCGAAACCUCGUCUUUCCAAUGGCGCAGAAAGCUUGCCAUCCCCCAUAGUUUCACCGUCGACGAAUUCCGGCGAAUUGACACAUCUUCACUUUCGCCAUCAUCGCAGAGAAUCAUCGGCAACUUCUUCAGACGCCGCCAAACCGGCUGUUUCACCUCGUUUGACCUCCGUUAGCCAACCUCAGCCCCGCCCGGCACCUCCGUCCAUCAAAGAUUUUGAAAUCAUUAAGCCCAUUAGUAAAGGUGCCUUUGGUAGCGUGUAUCUAUCCAAGAAAAAGACGACAGGGGAAUACUUCGCAAUCAAAGUGUUGAAGAAGACGGACAUGGUUGCGAAGAACCAGGUCACAAAUGUCAAGGCCGAGCGAGCAAUUAUGAUGUGGCAAGGGGAAAGUGAUUUCGUUGCUAAACUUUACUGGACAUUUUCGAGCAAGGACUAUCUUUAUCUGGUCAUGGAAUAUUUGAAUGGCGGUGAUUGUGCUUCUCUGGUGAAAAUCUUGGGUGGACUGCCAGAAGACUGGGCCAAAAAGUACAUCGCCGAAGUCGUUCUAGGAGUCGAACAUUUACACGGCAGGGGCAUCGUGCAUCGCGAUCUCAAGCCGGAUAAUUUGCUCAUCGAUCAAACAGGACAUCUGAAAUUGACCGACUUUGGCUUGUCCCGCAUGGGUCUCGUCGGGCGCCAGAAACGCGUCCUUAAAAGUCCCAAUGAUGUAGCUCCCGACCUUCUCAACCAGGGACCAUUCCCUCGUGCCACAUCCAUCACCUCCUCUCGGUCAGCUUCAUUCGAUUUCCAGGGUGGUAACUCGCCAGGCUCUACGCCGGUGAUCGCUCCUGAUGUGUCGGGCAGCUUGACCCAGCCGUCGUACUUUAAUCUCAACCAAAGUGGCAACGGGCUUACUCGGCAAACAUCUCGACGUGCAUCUGGCUACCGCAGUGAUAGUGGUGGAAGCGAAAAUUUGAGCGCGAUAUUUCGAACUUUCUCUUUGAAUGAAAGCAACGAAGGAUCUGCUCCAAUACCGGUUCCUCAUUCGAAUAAUCAUACCGAAGAAGAGCCCCAGAGUGAGCUUAGCGAAUCUCCAUAUUUGCACCCGCUACAGCCAACAUUUAGCAACCCCCAAGGAUCAUAUGGUACGCCUCCCCAGCAAUCAAUGAUGCCCCCUUUGAUGGCACUCUUCGAUCCCGAAGAUCACAAUAGACGCUUCGUUGGUACCCCAGACUAUCUCGCACCCGAGACAAUCAACGGAGUUGGUCAGGAUGAGAUGAGUGAUUGGUGGUCCUUGGGGUGUAUUAUGUUUGAAUUUCUCUUCGGUUAUCCACCCUUCAAUGCUCCUACUCCAGACGAGGUGUUCGAUAAUAUUCUCAAUAGGAGAAUCGACUGGCCAGAUGACCCAGAAGAGCUAGCAUCCCUCGAGUCGAUCGACCUUAUGAACAAACUAAUGACAAUCAACCCUCAAGAGCGGCUCGGGGCCAAUGUCGGCGAGAAAUUCCCGAAUGGAGGGGCUCAGAUUCGCAGCCACCCAUGGUUUUCAGAUGUUCAGUGGGAUACUCUGCUCGAGGAUAAAGCCGAGUUUGUCCCUAACAUUGAAAACCCAGAAGACACAGAGUAUUUUGACGCGCGUGGCGCUACCCUUCAGGCUUUUACCGAGGAACUGGAGGAUGAGCCAGCUCAGCAAACUCCAUCCACAUCUGGCUCGUACCCAGAUCGUCCUCAUGAUGCACUCUUCAAGGUCCGCUCACAAGUCAACUCGAUCAAACGGCCAUUAAUGCCAUUGCACAUCCCACCUCAUGUCCGUGAUUCCCGUGAUUCCCGUAUUAGAAGGUUGAGUGAGCCCACUUUGGCAGAUGACUUUGGCAGUUUCUCCUUCAAGAAUCUGCCGAUGCUGGAGAAGGCAAACAAAGACGUCAUUCAGAAGCUGCGACAGGAGGCAUUGCAAGCACAACAACGGCAAUCCGCGUCAGGGUCGCAAUCGCAAUCACAACCGCAACAACCGCCACAGCCACAGCCGCAGCCGCAGGGUCAGACUCAGAACGGGGCGCAGACCCAACAGCCACCGCUGACACAACCACAAGGACCGCCACCCUCGUCUGGACCUUCUCUUGAAGGCAGCCCAUUACCCAUGCCGCUGCAACGGACCAUGUCCCAGAACAAAGGCAACAACCGACCCUCGUCUCCAUCUAGUUUGAGCCAGGCCAAUUCAUCACCAAGUCGCCCAUCACAGCCAUCCUCCCCGCUCUUGGUCCAAUUCAGCACUGGUACCAACCAUGAACGCAGAAAAACUUCUGGCUCAUCUUCAACUAACUCGCACCAGUCGAGUGGAUCAGCUCAACCUGGAAAUGUGGAUCAAAGCCGUGUAUCCAGCGUGAGACAUGGUUCAGCUGCAUCGUCUCCUAUCAAAACUGGCCGGGUUACAGCUCACUCACCAGACAAAACACCUUCAGGGCAACGUUUCAGCAGUUCUCCGACCACUAGGACGCGAUCACAGACCAUUGGAUCUCAGGAUGGCGAAUUGUCAUCGUCCUUGGCGAAGGAAUCAUACGUCGCAGGCCACUACAAGCGUCGAAGCCAAUUAUUUGAUAUCUCACCUUCGUCGUCCGAUAACGAAGAUCCACGCACCAAGGCUCUACUCAAAGUACAACGCCGUCGUCAGAGCUCUCGACGCCUCUCCCAGAUUAAUCUUCUUGAAGGGCCAUUCUUCCGGCCAUUGGACGUACUCAUUUGCGAAGAUCAUCCUGUUUCGAGAUUAGUUAUGGAGCGCCUGUUUGAAAAACUUCGUUGUCGAACAAUCACGGCUGUAAAUGGUGGGGAGGCUAUGCGUUAUGCCUUGAGUGAAGUCCAAUUUGAUAUUAUCAUGUCGGAGUUCAAGCUGCCUCAGGUAAAUGGGUCAGAUCUGGCACGUAUGGUGCGAGAAACACGAAGUGCUAACCGGCAUACUCCCAUCAUUGCCCUGACUGGCUAUCUGAAAGACCUGCCCGAAACCCAUCAUUUUGACGCGCUGAUUGAAAAACCCCCUACCCUAACCAAACUCACGGAGGCAUUGUGCAAGUUUUGCCAGUGGAAGCCUCCGCCCAAGGACUACAAUCCUUCCCAGUCGUUGCCAGUGCCUUCUUCCACUAGCCGCCAUACUCCCAUGCCUACUGAGGAUAGUCCAGGCUCAACAUCUUCUGGAUUCCCUCUUAUGCCUUCCAGCUCAUACCGGGGGUCCAGCCGCGAAGAUUCUAUUGGUAGCAGCUAUUUUGGAGAUAUGGAUUCCAUCAAGAAUGAGGAAGUCCCCGUCAUUGUUAGCCGCCAUACCGAUGAAUGGGGGAAUCAGGACAAAGGCGGACUGGGGAUAUCGGAAGAGGCAGCUGCAGCUCAGGAUACUCCAGAUUUCAAAUCAGAUUCAAAUAAAGUUCCCUUCCCGGACCUCCUUCAUGCGGCUUCUGCUCCAGCUGCUAUGAACAUCCCUGAAACUCCCACGCCUCGCAAGCAGCGGUCUACUGAAGCCAUCCGAGCGAAACGCGAAUCGUUAGAAAAAAAGCGAUACGAGUGCGCUGAGUCUGGCGAUGACGAGGAUGAAGAGCUUGGAAAUUCCCAGGGCCGAUCAAGCAGUCCGCAGUCCAGGGCUAACAGGCCUGGCUCCAAGCUGGGAAUUGAGAUGAUGAGGACAAAUAGUCGGGGCAGCGUUGUCAGUGGUAGCGAAGAAUUACUUAAAAAGGAGAGAGAGUCAUUGGAACGCGGCAGAAAUGUCAAUUCUGAAGCUAUUGAGGAAAGCGGAGAGGAGUCACCUGAAUCUCUUCCCAGUACUGGAUUGGAGGAUAAAUUCAACGAUCUCUAUAUCCCCGAGGAAUCCGAGGAAUCGGUUGGGGAUGAAAUCGGUCCGAAAGAGACACCUUCGCCCAAUGAGCCGGAAUCCAGCGAAAUGACCCCUAUGAUGACUUUUUCAGAAUCGCCUUCGCGUUCCCAAACUUAUGCUGAAGUCCUUGCGCACACAAGUGACCCAGAGAACAAAGGCCAAUCAACCCCUCCAAUGGCAUCUGCGGACACAGGCGCUCUGAAUUCUGAGACGACCGGUCCCAACACACCAUCCAUGAAGACGACCAAGGAUACAGGAUUUGGUCCCGACGCCGAUAUCGACCCAACCCUGGAUUCCGAAGCCACGCCUCGGCCUUUACAUACACCCUUGCCAAAUUUGGAUCCUGAGCAGACCCCUCGACCGAGAUAG